UGCCUGCAGGGGCUGGGCAGCGCCCCCCAUCACUGUCUCUUUCCCACCCCAGAGCUCCUGGGCUCCACCAAGAAGAUCAAUGUCAACUUCCAGGACCCAGAUGGCUUCUCUGCCUUGCACCACGCGGCCCUGAACGGCAACACGGAAUUGAUCACCCUGCUGCUGGAGGCCCAGGCUGCCGUGGACAUCAAGGACAACAAAGGCAUGCGGCCACUGCACUAUGCGGCCUGGCAGGGCCGGAAGGAGCCCAUGAAGCUGGUGCUGAAGGCGGGCUCAGCGGUGAACAUCCCAUCCGAUGAGGGCCACAUCCCUCUGCACCUGGCAGCCCAGCACGGUCACUAUGAUGUGUCUGAGAUGCUGCUGCAGCACCAGUCCAAUCCGUGCAUGGUGGACAACUCGGGGAAGACGCCCCUGGACCUGGCCUGUGAGUUCGGCCGCGUCGGGGUGGUCCAGCUGCUUCUGAAUAGCAACAUGUGUGCGGCCUUGCUGGAGCCCCGGCCGGGGGACGCCACUGACCCCAACGGCACCAGCCCCCUGCACCUGGCUGCCAAGAACGGCCACAUUGACAUCAUCAGGUACGGCCCUGUGGGGGUGGGGGGAGGGAGACCCGGCCAGACGGGCCUCACCCUCUGGCACACGCAGAAUGGGAUUAACGCCCACGUGAGGAACACCUACAGCCAGACGGCCCUGGACAUUGUGCACCAGUUCACCGCCUCCCAGGCCGGCAAGGAGAUCAAACAGCUGCUUCGAGAGGCCUCGGCGGCCCUGCAGGUCCGGGCGACCAAGGAUUAUUGCAACAAUUACGACCUGACCAGCCUCAACGUGAAAGCUGGGGACAUCAUCACGGUCCUCGAGCAGCAUCCAGACGGCAGGUGGAAAGGUUGUAUCCAUGACAACCGGACCGGCAACGACAGGGUGGGCUACUUCCCAUCCUCCCUGGGUGAGGCCAUUGUGAAGAGAGCAGGUUCUCGAGCGGGUACUGAACCAAGCCCGUCCCAGGCGGGCAGCUCACCAGGGCCCUCUGCGCCCCCCGAGGAGAUCUGGGUGCUGAGGAAGCCUUUUGCAGGCGGGGACCGCAGUGGCAGCCUGGGCAGCGUGGCUGGUGGACGAGGCGGUGGGGGCCACACCCUGCACGCGGGCUCCGAAGGGGUCAAGCUCCUGGCGACGGUCCUGUCACAGAAGUCUGUCUCCGAGUCCAGCCCUGGGGACAGCCCCGGCAAGCCUCCAGAGGGCUCCACAGGUGCAGCCCGGCCCCAGCCCCCGGUGGCCCAUGCUGGGCAGGUGUACGGGGAGCAGCCCCCCCGGAAGCUGGAGCCAGCCUCGGAGGGCAAGAGCGCCGAGGCUGUGGGCCAGUGGCUUGCCACGUUCCAGCUGCAACUCUACGCCCCCAACUUCGUCAGCGCUGGCUACGACCUGCCCACCAUCAGCCGCAUGACCCCAGAGGACCUCACGGCCAUUGGGGUCACCAAGCCAGGUCACCGGAAGAAGAUCACUGCAGAGAUCAGCGGUCUGAGCAUUCCCGACUGGCUGCCUGAGCACAAACCCGCGAACCUGGCCGUGUGGCUGUCCAUGAUCGGCCUGGCGCAGUACCACAAGGUGCUGGUUGACAACGGCUAUGAGAACAUCGACUUCAUCACGGACAUCACCUGGGAAGACCUGCAGGAGAUCGGCAUCACGAAGCUGGGCCACCAGAAGAAGCUGAUGCUGGCAGUGAGGAAACUGGCGGAGCUGCAGAAGGCAGAGUACGCCAAGUUCGAGGGGGGGCCCCUGCGCAGAAAGUCCCCGCAGUCGCUCGAGGUGAUGGCCAUUGAGUCGCCUCCCCCGCCCGAGCCUGCCCCGGCCGACUGCCAGUCUCCCAAGAUGACCACCUUCCAGGACAGCGAGCUCAGUGGCGAGCUGCAGGCUGCCAUGACUGGCCCGGCCGAGGGGCCCGCCACCGCCACCACUGCCGAGAAGCCCUCCAACCACCUGCCCCCCACGCCGAGGGCCUCCGUGAGGCAGGAGCCCAGCCUGGGUGGGCAGGCGCGCCACAUGAGCAGCUCUCAGGAGCUGCUGGGGGAUGGGCCCCCCGGGCCCGGCAGCCCCAUGUCACGGAGCCAGGAGCACCUGCUGGAGGAAGGGCCAGCUCCCGGCACCCCAUCCAAGGAGACCCGGCCCGGCCGCCACGGCCACAGUGUCAAGCGGGCCAGCGUGCCCCCGGUGCCCGGCAAGCCUCGGCAGGUCCUUCCGCCAGGUGCCAGCCACUUCACACCUCCCCAAACGCCCACGAAAGCCCAGCCAGGCUCCCCUCAAGCCCUGGGGGGACCUCAUGGCCCAGCCCCAGCCACAGCGAAGGUGAAGCCCACCCCACAGCUGCUGCCACCGACAGAGCGCCCCAUGUCACCCCGUUCGCUGCCUCAGUCACCCACACACCGAGGCUUUGCCUACGUGCUGCCCCAGCCCGUGGAGAGCGACGCGGGGCCCGCGGCUCCGGGGCCCGCACCUGUGGCCGCCCCUCCGCCUGUGCCCAUGUUGUGCCUGCCCCCAGAGGCUGACCUGGAGCCAGGGCGGCCCAAGAAGCGUGCCCACAGCCUGAAUCGCUAUGCGGCGUCCGACGGCGAGCCAGAGCAGGACGAGCUGCUGGUGCCAGCCGCCGCGGGGCCCUACGCCACUGUCCAGCGGCGCGUGGGCCGUAGCCACUCGGCGCGGGCGCCCACUGGAGCCGACAAGAACGUCAACCGCAGCCAGUCCUUCGCUGUGCGGCCCCGGAAGAAGGGGCCGCCGCCGCCCCCGCCCAAGCGCUCCAGCUCAGCCAUGGCCAGCGCCAACCUGGCAGACGAGCCGGCGCCAGACGUGGAGAUGGAAGGGGUUGGGGCAGAGGACGGCCGGCUGGGAGUCCGGGCACAGCGCCGGCGGGCCAGCGACCUGGCUGGCAGUGUGGACACAGGCAGUGCUGGCAGCGUGAAGAGCAUCGCGGCCAUGCUGGAGCUGUCAUCCAUUGGCGGUGGGGGCCGAGCCGCCCGCAGGCCCCCCGAGGGCCACCCCACACCCCGCCCUGCCAGCCCAGAGCCAGGCCGGGUGGCCACGGUGUUGGCCUCGGUGAAGCACAAGGAAGCCAUCGGGCCUGACGGUGAGGUGGUGAAUAGGCGCCGCACGCUCAGCGGGCCUGUCACGGGACUUCUGGCCACGGCCCGCCGGGGGCCUGCGGAGUCGGGGGGGCCUGCCGACCACGGCCACUUUGCAGAGGAUGGCACCACCCGGCAGCGGCCUCGAGGUCCAGCCAAGGGCGAGGCGAGUGGGGAGGGCCCGCCCCUCGCCAGAGUGGAGGCGAGUGCCACGCUCAAGAGGCGCAUCCGAGCCAAGCAGAGCCAGCAGGAGAGCGUCAAGUUCAUCCUGACGGAGUCUGACACGGUCAAGCGCCGGCCCAAGGCCAAGGAGCGGGAAGCAGGUCUUGAGCCGCCACCGCCACUGUCCGUGUACCAGAAUGGCACAGGCACCGUGCGCCGCAGACCAACCUCUGAGCAGACUGGGCCCCCUGAGCUGCCCCCACCGCCCCCACCUGCAGAGCCCCCGCCCUCUGACCUGAUGCACCUCCCCCCGCUGCCCCCGCCUGACACGGAUACCCGGAAGCCAGCCAAGCCGCCUGUCUCUCCCAAGCCCGUGCUGGCUCAGCCCGUUCCCAAGAUCCAGGGCUCACCCACACCUGCCUCCAAGAAGGUGCCACUGCCAGGUCCUGGCAGCCCAGAGGUGAAGCGCGCCCACGGCACGCCGCCGCCCGUGUCUCCCAAGCCGCCGCCGCCGCCCACGGCGCCCAAGCCGGCCAAGGAGAAGAGCACUGGCAGCAUACUGGACGACAUAGGCAGCAUGUUCGACGACCUGGCCGACCAGCUGGACGCCAUGCUGGAGUGA